GGAGCUAGCUAGCACUUCCCCUACAUGAUCAAUCAGAUAUCAUCUUGUCUUACUGGCAGUUUUUGCAUUUUCAUAUUCUUGCAACAUCAUUGCCGACCUCAAGUCAAAUCCAAAGAAUAUCAAUAAGAAAAAGACUUUGGGAAGCAUAUAUAUACAGUAACAUUCACACUCCUUAUCUAUGCACAAUACUAGCCAAAGGAUUGCUCAGAAAUCAGAAGCAUAGAUACCACACCAGAGAAUUCAGAGAUCAGCAGACAUGGAGGCGGCAGAAUGCGCAUCCUACUGGAGCUCUCUUGACGCAAUCAGCGAGGAAUCGGAGAUGCUCUUGCAUUUGCAGUCACUGCUCCGGUGCAGCAGUGAUUCCGAUACCAGCUUCUUCUCCUCCAACAAUGAGAGCGCAAAUGCAUCAUUCGAUCAUCAAGUGGAUAACCUCAGUUCACCGGAUGAGAGGAACAUCGGUAUCAAGAGAAAAUUUCAGGUGGAUCAGGAGAGGGAUCAUGACAAUGAAGUCCAUGCUGCGCUAUCGGCCCCAAGGAAGAAUGGCAAAAAGUCAAGAGCUGCAAAGGACUCACAAAGCCACUAUGCAAAGAAAAGGAGACAGAGGAUCAACGAGAGGCUGAGAAUACUGCAAAAGCUAAUCCCUAAUGGCACAAAGGUUGACAUCAGCACAAUGCUGGAGGAAGCAGUCCAGUAUGUCAAGUUUCUGCAUCUGCAAAUCAAGCUCUUGAGCUCUGAUGAAAUGUGGAUGUACGCGCCCCUCGCCUGCAAUCAGGAAUCCCUGUCACGAGAAUGACCAUUUGAUCUGUGACUUGCAAUUUAACCUGACCUUACAUUAUGUGGCAUUCUGGAUUUUGCUUGUCAGUUCAUUCUUGAUUGUUUCAACAAUGACAAUAAUGAGAAGUAUUUGAAACUGGUA